AUGGCUGUGAAAGGACUCGGUGAAGUUGACCAAAAGUACGACGGUUCCAAAUUGAGAGUUGGUAUUCUCCACGCUCGUUGGAAUGCCAAGAUCAUCUCGGCGUUGGUCGAGGGUGCUAUCCAGAGACUCAAGUCGUUUGGACUUCUGGAGGAGAACAUCGUCGUGGAGAGCAUUCCAGGCUCUUUCGAGUUGCCUUACGGUACCAAGCUCUUUGUUGACAAACAGAAGAAGCUCGGCAAGCCAUUGGACGCUGUGAUCCCCAUCGGUGUCUUGAUCAAGGGCUCCACCAUGCACUUUGAGUACAUCUGUGACUCUGUGACCCACCAAUUGAUGAAGCUCAACUUUGAGUUGAACCUUCCUGUGAUUUUCGGUGUUUUGACGUGUCUUUCUGACGAGCAGGCCGAGGCCAGAGCUGGUCUUAUCGAGGGGAAGAUGCACAACCACGGAGAGGACUGGGGUGCUGCCGCUGUCGAGAUGGCGUUGAAGUUCCAGGUCUAG